AUGGACAUCCACAGAUGCCGCUUCGUACCCUACCCUGCCGCUGCAAUCAACGCCCUCGCAUUCUCCCAUCCAUCGCCCUCAAAAACCUCUUCAAAGUCUCAGAUCGAAGCACACAGGUCCCUGAGACUCGCGGUGGGACGAUCGAAUGGUAACAUUGAGAUUUGGAAUCCUCAGCAGGGCCAUUGGUUCCAAGAAUGUGUAUUACUUGGCGGGAAGGACCGCAGCGUUGAGGGUCUUGUCUGGACUCGGGACCCAGACGACGUAGACGGAAGAGGAAGUUCAAUACCUGGGAGACUUCGACUCUUUAGUACAGGCUACUCUGAUGUAGUGACGGAAUGGGACAUCGCCGCAGGACAGCCUCUACGGCAUGCUUCAAGUAAUCAUGGAGAAAUCUGGUGUAUGGCUGCGCAACCCAAGGAUGCAGCACCUCAAAGGAAGCCAGACGUUAAUGAAGAAGACUAUGCAGUAUCGGUAGCUCAAGCAAAGACGCAACGUAUUGCAGUAGGGUGUGCUGACGGAAGCAUCGUGAUCCUGUCCACUGAGGAUGGUGACCUACGUUUCGAAAAGAUGCUAGCUCGGCCAGGGAGUAAGAAACCUCGGGUCCUCAGUUUGGCUUUCAAAAACCGACAUACCGUCGUCGCUGGUCACGCUGAUAGUACUCUUCGGAUAUAUGACAUUCGUAGCAGGCAAUUGAUUCGGAACGUGAGCUUAGGUGGCGGUAUUCAGGGCGGACCGAAAGAGACGCUGAUAUGGUGUGUGAGAUGUCUACCAAACGGUUUCAUCGUUACUGGUGACUCUACUGGUAUAGUGAGCUUCUUUGAUGGCAAGCAUUAUUCGCUCCUACAACGAAUCAAAGGCCAUGAGGCAGAUGUUCUGGAUUUGGCAGUUAGCAAGGAUGGCAUGUCUGUCUUCAGUGGUGGUAUGGAUCGUAGGACUGUCCUCUACCAGCUCUCCAAUGGUGAUUUCAAAAUGAACCGAUGGGCCAAGAUAUCACAUGACCGGCAACACAAAAACGACGUGAAGGCGAUGACUACAUACGAGGCCCCGAGCAUCAGUGUGCUCGUGUCUGGCGGAUUAGAUGCAUGGCCAAUGAUCACACCAAUCCAAGAGUUCGGAAAAGAGCAUCAUCGAGCGCUACCUUACAUCCCACAAUCGAGCGCGAUCACCAGCGCAGCCCAAAGAAGACUCAUGAUUUGCUACUGGGAGCGCGAGUUAAAUAUCUGGAGCAUUAAGACGUCUCAAGAAGAACACAGAGGGCGGCCAUCAGAUUCAAACAUACAAGACACAGAGGGUAGGCAGCUCUUGUCAAAGAUGUUGCUACAAGGCGAGGAAAGCGUCUCAUCCGUAAGCAUUGCAUCGAAGGGCAAUCUACUAGCAGUGUCGACCACAGCAGAACUCAAACUCUUUGCCUUGCGAUUCAAGAAUGGUGGACUCAGAGUACGGAGACUACCAACCUCCGAAACAGUCAGGAGUAGAGGCGCAAGAGACUUGGUAUUUUCUCCCGAUGGCCGUUGGCUCGGUUUGAUCACCCCUGAUAGCGUUGUGAACAUCCUCAGGGUUAUCGACAAGAGCGAUGAAACCGCCCAGAAAGCAGCCUACGGAACAUUGGGCCGAUAUGACAGAUCUAUCAACUGCAUCGCAUUCUCUUCGGACAGUAAGGUGGUCAUAGCGGGUGAUUUAUCGGGUUAUCUAGAUAGCUGGGUUCUCGAAGGUCACGAAGAUUUGACGCAAGAGAAUUUGACGAACGGCGUUAGCCAGAAUGACGCUUCUUCAACGGAUUCGGAUUCGGAUACCAGCUCGGAUACAGAUACAAGUGAUGAUGAAAAAAAGCAUCCACAAGUCGUAUUUGGUCAGCAUUGGAUUCGCAAUCCGGCAGCCAAAUCGUUACCCAAACUCAGUGCUGCGCCCUUAGUGUUGUCCUUCAGGCCCUCGUUCGAGGAUAGAGCUCCGGUACUUACCAAUGGCACCUCCACUCUUCAUCCCACCCGUCAUAACCCUCAUCCACACUCACACGAUCUGCCCGACGGAGAAGACCGAUUGCUCGUGGUCACAGCGGAUAAUGCUGUCCGCGAAUUCCACGUACUGACUGGCAAACUUACGGACUGGUCUCGACGGAAUCCUUCAGAGUGUCUACCCGAGGACUACCUUCAAUUGAGAGAUAGAGCCAAGGGAGUGAUAUGGGAUAUUCAAGGGGGGAAAGAGAGGAUCUGGCUCUUCGGCGUGAGCUGGCUCUUCAUGCUUGACCUCUCCCGUAACAUACCUUCAAAUGGCAUUGUGCCCAUCAACCUCGUCCAUGGGCCUGAAGUUCCAGAUGGGUCCCAGAAUGGCGCUCGUAAACGUCAAAAAAUUGCUGAAGGAGCAAGUAGUCGAAGACGAGAACGACGGCUCAGGCUUGGAACUGGCGCCGGAAGCAAAAUCCCCGAUCAUAUGCUCAAGCUUGGCGUAGGCCGUCAAAUCCGGAGCAUUGAGAGUAACGGGGAUACCGAUCCCAAACUCAUCACGCUUAAUGACAAUGAAGGCUCCGCAUCAGAUGGAGAGGGGGCUUCGGAGCCUUCUCGUGAUCAAAAUCUACUUCGGCUUCGACGAGGGGAAGAAGCUGAAGAGCCAGCUGAAGAUUAUCACGAUACAGGAGACGAAAGCUGGUCAGCUGAUACAGACUACGAAAGGUCGGAAAGGCCAGAUAAGCAAGAGGUGUACAGAAAAAGGAAAAGGCAAGGGAAAAGCUUACCCUAUUGGCAUACGCACAAGUAUCGGCCGAUACUGGGUAUUGUACCGAUUGGUGAAGGUCCAUCGCUUGAGGUUGCGCUGGUGGAAAGGCCGGACUGGGAGAUAGAUAUGCCUGCGAAGUAUCAAGGGAAUCAGGAGAGGAACCCUUAG